AUGGUCCAACGGGAAAAGGUGAGAAAAGAAGGCCAGUCAGGGGCGGCCAGACCAAACAGACAACCAACUGCAACACACUUCGACGGCGACCGAAGAGAUGGCCGAUAUGUUACUGUACCAAGCCGUAAGUAGGAAACGGUCUGACCUUUUUUUCCGUGCGCGAUCUCCCAAAACAUCUACAAAUCCUUAGCAUACGUCUUCUACGCCUUCCAGAAAAAUCCAAAAGCCAACUCUUGCCGUUUGAUACGGUAUAGAAUUUAG